AUGUCAACAUCGCCUCAUUCUCUUCAUGACUGGCCGGAGCUGUUCACUCAAAUGUGCAGUUCCACCAUUUCUGCUGGUAUACACUGCGUUACAUUCCAAACCACCCCUGGAACCCCCCAACGAAGACCGAUUUGUCUCCCAGGAACGGGAUGUGGAUGGUCGGGGCACGGGGGAGACUGCACAGCUGAAUAUAGUGCUGCCACGCUUCCAGGAAGGAUUGAAGAACUGCGCGGGGUCGUUGAGCGAUACCAGGGCUGGUCCCGAAGAAGAUAUACGAAGCGGGUACAAGAGAUCGUGAAUUGUCAGAUCUACUAUUUUGAUAAAGGACUCGGUGACGCCAUCAAGGAACUCUGCCCCGAUCCGUCAUUGUUCGACGACGAACAAGGACGCAAUCUCGCGAAUGCCAACAAGGAUGUAUUUCAAAGAGCGUACUAUGGUUCUACACUUGCAGUUGCUCUCCUCGACAAUGAGCGAAACCAUCUAUGGGUAGCUGGACUGUGUGAUUCCACUGUCGGUGCGUUACCUUCGAGUUACCCCCGAUUGUACAUGACUCUUUUGGAAAUACGACUGGCAUAUACGUCACCGGAAGGAUAUGGUGAUGGGAAGCGGCUUUUGACACUCCAUAGCAAGCACACCCCUUUGGAAUACUUCACAAUUAUGCGUCAUCCCACAAUAGAGAAGACAACAAUCGUACAAGACGAACGUCUACUGGGAGUUCACUGAACAGGAUGUUCAGUGGACAUCGUCCCAAGCUAAAGUCGUCGUGCAUUCCUGGGUCGACGUACUUCCACCUUAUCUCGUGGUAACACUUGAAUUGCAAAUCCACACCCAGGAUGUUUAUGUUAGCCCUCGAGGCCUCAGGGAAAGGUAAUUCCAUUGUGCCAUGGCUAGAGGUUAUACGUUCCUUGUGCAUUGGUUGUUGCGGACAGAGGGAUGGGUUCGACUCCCACCUGGAGCGAUAUUUCUGCG